CAGAUGUACGAGUUACCAAGUCAACAAUCGAUUAUAUACGUGGUUGCUUUUGUGUAUUGCGGCGAUUUUUCAAUUAAUUUUGGAUAAUUAUUGUUUGAAUAAUUGAAUUUAAUCGUAAUCUAUAGUUUCUGAUUACAUUAGGCAAAAAUGUCUCUACAGAAAUUUAUGAUUAUAAAUGCUGUGCCAUUUGGCUUAGCUAGACUUCAAAGCAAUGCCAGCAAAACUAUUAUAAAUCUAACAGGAGGAAUAGGAACAAUGGAUAAUAAUGAUUCCCCAAGUUUAGCUCGUCUUAAAAAGACGAGUAAAAGGAUUGCACAUGCUCCAAGUUUAAGAAUGAUUAAAAAAAGGAACAAGUUGUUACACAAUAACUCUUCAUCACAUGCUUCACAAGAAAAAUUAAAACUCCAAAGAGGGCUACUUGAACAGCAGCUGUUUGAUGUAAAGAUGGAAAAAAUGAGGUUAUUCUUGGAAAAUGAAGAUCUCAAGUUGCGUUGUAGUUCAUUAGAAGAAGAAAAUAAUUUUCUUCGCAUGCAGUUGCAGGCAUCUCAAAACUGUCAUCAAGAGGAAAUGAAUCAAAUGUGUGAAGACACUCUCAAGCAUGCCUCGCUUGUUAGCAUUCCUCAGCAGAAGGAUUGGGUGCUUCCACAGGUGUUCACACUCUUGAUGAUAACUCUGGGAGAACUGCUGAACAGUUUUCAACCCAAGGAGAUACUGACAUUGCAACUAACAGACAUUUUCCACAUAUUGAAGCAUUGGAUGAAUUCUGUGAUACCUCGACCUGGGCUAAUGAUACAGACGUUUUUGUCGUCCCUUUAUCACAAGACAUCAUUAAUCAACCCUCAAGUACUGACUUGAAAGCUGGUGCGAGGAUAAUAUGUCAUGAAGAAGAGAUUUCUUGUGAAGAAAAGGAUGAUUUCAUGGAGGAAGUAGAAGCUGAUCAGGUGGAUGAUAUCAGUUUCCCUGAUCCUUGGACAUUCGAUAAUUUGUAUGAAGAUCCAGAUGAUGAUGUUAAUUUUUAUAUUUGAAUACUAAUUAUUCAACAUAUUGAUAAAUAUGUAAAUUUGAAUCUGAAAUGUAUGAUCUGGCUGGAUAUAUAAGUAUCCAGAUUUUAACAACUUUCAUUGGUGGUUCUUACACCCUUAAAUCUGACAACCUAUGAAUCCAUUAACCUUUUAACAAAAAGUUUACUGUAUGUAGUACAGUUAUAAUGGCAAAGCUGGGACAAUGCUUUGUCCAUUCAGUGAGGAUUCUAGUGUCUACUGGCCAUGAAUUUUAAGUCACAUAGAUUUUGGUCACAAAUACUAUGUUGGGCUAUGGAUCUUUUUCAAACAGAAAGAAAUUAAUUAGGAAUCUUUUUGAAAAAGAAAAAAAAAUUUCUGAUUAUCAGGCAAUGUUACAGUUCUUAAAAAUUGCUAAAUUCAAAAGUUAUGUAAAGGUAUAAUUUUAGUUAGCUUAGUUUAUUCAUAAUUUUUGGAAUUGGAAAAAAAUUAUUAAAAUUAAUUUUGACCAUUUCAUCUGCAUUUUAGUCUCCUAAUCUUGGUAACAGGUAUUUUUACAUAAACCUGAUAUUUUUUUUUUUGUAAUGCAUUGUUUUCUUUUAUUUAAAUUGCCUUCAAUCAUUCUUCCAUUUAAAUUGGCUUCAAUCAUUGGAGCAAAUGAGCAUUUUUUUUUUGUUUUAUUUUCAUUGUUGUUAUUAGACUUUUAAAAAAUUUUUACCUUGUUUAUAAUUCAUAAAUUUUGUGAAACUCUCAUAGAAAUUUCAAAAAUCUGAAUGUGGACAGUAUAUAUAUAUAAUAUUUGAAAUUUUUGAAUGUCACAAAUGAAAAUUAAAUUAAUAUGAUAAAUAAAACUAGUUAAUAAAUAUUUUUAAAUUUCACUAUUUAUCUAUAUUGUAAUGACAUUUUAAAUUAUUUAUGUUAAAUCUGAAAUGGUGUUAAAAAAAUGGGAAUAAUACUAUAAAUUUUUAUACAAGUCUUAUGAUUAACUUUUCCUUUUGAAACUCAUUAGGUGUUCUGAGUUAGAAUGUUUUUAGACUUCACAUAUUUUUUUUCUACCUUAGAAUUAGAUGAAAUACUUCAAAUUCUUAAUUUAAUCUUAAGAUUUUUAUAUAUAAAUUGUUCUAAUAUUAAAAAGUGAAUUUUGAAAUAACUA